AUGAGCGGCGAGAUUGAUGCCGUCUACGUAUACGACGAGCAAAAUGCCCCUCUCGUCGAGCAUGUAUACCGAUCCCGCCCGCCUUCGGCCUCCGCCAUCCUGCCCCUCUACCUCGCCCAUGCGGCCCCACGUCCCUCCUUGCUGUACAUAGCUAGCGCAUCACCCCCGGUGACGGUAUUCUCUACGGUUGAGUCAAAUCUGCUAUUCCUCGCCAUCAGCGAAGUCGACACCGAGCCGCUACUAGCGCUUGAGUUCCUGCAUCGUGUGGUCGAUGUACUCGAGGAAUUUGUUGGAGCGCCGCUACUGUCCACUAAAAUCAGUGCCAAUUACGAUGUUGUCGCGCAAUUACUUAAUGAGAUGUGCGAUGGGGGGACAGUAUGCAAUACGGAGCCCAAUGCAUUGCAGGAGGUUGUGGAGGUUCCGGGGUGGGUGGAUAAGCUGCUUGGCGGUAUCGGAGUACCUGGAAGUUCGACGCCAGCUUUGGGAUCUACCAAUCCUUUGAAGCAAUCGCUGGCAGCUGCCAGCGCAUCUCAAGGCCCUGCUAUUCCCUGGCGGAGACCGGGUGUACGGCACACCUCGAAUGAACUAUAUGUCGAUAUCAUCGAAUCUCUCUCAGUGACGAUGGCUCCCUCUGGUCGUCUGCUCUCGGCAUUAGCAUCCGGAACAAUUGCUUUUACCGCAAAGAUAUCAGGAGUACCGGACUUGCUCCUAUCUUUAUCAACUCCGGGUGGACAGCAUGCAUUUGGCCGCAAAAUCGAACUACCGGUAUUCCACCCAUGUGUUAGAUUGGCAAAGUGGAAAGAGAAGCCUGGCGAACUAAGCUUUAUUCCUCCGGAUGGACGGUUCAUUCUGGCUGGAUACGAAGUCGACCUUUUACCAAUCGAUCCUGACUUGGAUGAGCCACCAAGCCAUAUGGAAAAGCUCUUCCUCCCUGCUAUUGUAGAUAUUCGCAAAUCAUUAGGGACAUCGGGGUCUGAAUUCGAAGUUCGACUUACUCUGAACACGAAUUUCCCAGGCCAAAGUGCAUCGUCACGGCCGGGGGUUGGCCGGAACGGAUCCGGCACAUCAACGCCGUCAUUCCUUGGUGGAGGUGGCAGUGGAUCAAAUGCACCAGUAUUGGAAGAAGUCCUCGUCAGUGUACCAAUAUCCAAAUCUGUCAGACACAUCACGGACAUGCAGGCCAGCCGUGGUGACGCCCAAUUCACCCACUCAACAGGACUUAUAGAGUGGCGGAUCCCGACUGGCAAGGAUGCUGGCUCAGUGUCGGGUACAGCUACGCUACGCUGCAGUGUCUCGGGCUAUCCGUCCGCCGACGAUGACUUUGAUGAUAGCCUCGAGGAUGCAGACGAGGACGCCAAUGCCACUCUCCUACAAGGCUAUUAUGAGGCCCCUACCUCAUACAUUGACUCUUCAGUCAGCACAACCAAGAAGACUCGAUCCUCCGACCCCUCCAAACGCAAAAAGAAGAAGAAGAAGGACAAGGAGAAGUCCUCAAAGAAAUCUUCCCGCUCAACCGCUCUAAAACCUGAGGAUGUCGACGACUCUGGUGCGGUUACAGCUACCACUCCAUCACCAGAUCACUCCAAACCCGCAACGCCCACACCAAAGCCCCAACCUUCACCUCAACUCCACGCAAAUUCAUCCGCCCUUCCCACCUUUUUCGACCCGUCCUCUACAUCUCGCCCAGCCCGCAGAACCAAAGCCCAAAUCAAUGCAAGCCUGAUGCCAAACUCGGCCUCGGUAUCUUUCUCUGUGCGAGGAUGGCUUCCGUCCGGUAUCAAGGUUGAUAGUUUGAACAUCGAUCAGCGCCGCAGUCGGGGGUUAGGCGAGAGUGUGAAGCCGUACAAGGGUGUUAAGUAUCUGUGUGUGAGUAAGCGCGGUGUCGAACGGCGCUGUUGA